AUGGGGCUUACUGGCUGCAGGAGGGAGUUCCAGGCGCGAUGUCAGGCUCACGUUCGUUCCGUUCGCGGGAUCCAGGGCGGGCGUGGUGGGGACACUGGCUCCGUUUGGAGCGCGGCCGAAACGGAUGCGUUGUACGCCCGGGCCUUGACGGAAUUUGGGGAGAUGGCAGAACGGAAGGAGGUGCUGCCGUCAACGGGGAAAACGGUGGCUUCCGCUUCCGCUGUGAAGGGAGUCGUGAAGGACCUGACGAAAACAUACACGCUGCUGGGUUACGCUGGGCACGAGAACCCUGCAAAGUCAGAAGCCGUUAAAUCGUUUCGGGACGGCUACGAGCGGUACCUGCACGACGAAGGCGUGAAGGUCCAGCGUGCCAAGGUUUUCACCGAAGCAAAGUUGGACGCGCUGCUCGCGUUCCUGGCCGACCGCCUGAAACAGGAGAUGGACGCUCUGGAGCUCUGCACGCUGCUAAUGGACCAGGCGGCCGUGUUGUACCUGUGGGAGUCCUUAGCUCGGGGCAAGGAGUGCGGCGCGCUGAGCGCGCGCGAAAUCGAAGGAGGGGCCGCUCCUGCUGCGUACCCAGGUUGGAGCAAAACUGUGCGGCAAGAGCCCAGUGCGCGGAUUCCGCUGGCCCAGGCUGGAAUGGGGGUCAGGCUCACCUUCAUCGAAGCUGCCGCGCUGCGCUGA